AUGGAGCCAGGGGGGUGCGGCUUGGCCAGGAGGCUGGGGUGCCGGCUCUGGAUGGCCAUCAGCAAGGCGCUGUUCGCCGAGUUCCUGGCCACAGGGCUGUACGUGUUCUUCGGCGUGGGCUCGGCCAUGCGCUGGCCCUCGGCGCUUCCCUCUGUGCUGCAGAUCGCCAUCACCUUCAACCUGGCCACGGCCAUGGUGGUGCAGGUGACCUGGAAGACCAGUGGGGCUCACGUCAACCCCGCGGUGACGCUGGCCUUCCUCGUGGGCUCCCAAAUCUCCCUGCCCCGCGCUGUGGCCUAUAUGGCUGCCCAACUGGCAGGGGCCAUUGUGGGGGCUGCUCUGCUCUACGGGAUCACACCAGGAGACAUCCGAGAGACCCUCGCCGUCAACGUGGUCCAGAGCAGAGUCUCAGCGGGCCAGGCGGUGGCGGUGGAGCUGGUUCUGACCCUGCAGCUGGUGCUCUGUGUCUUUGCUUCCACCGACAGUCGGCAGACGUCGGCUUCCCCGGCCGCCAUGAUCGGGACCUCCGUGGCCUUGGGCCACCUCAUCGGGGUCUACUUCACUGGCUGUUCCAUGAACCCGGCCCGCUCCUUCGGUCCUGCUGUCAUAGUUGGGAAGUUCGAAGUCCACUGGAUCUUCUGGGUGGGACCCCUGACAGGGGCUGUCCUGGCGUCGCUGAUCUACAACUUCAUCCUGUUCCCUGACACCAAGACCCUGGCCCAGCGGCUGGCCAUCCUCACAGGCACCUCGGAGAUGGAGAAAGUGGAAGGGGAGGAGCCCCAGAAAAACGAACCCCAGUCCAAUCCAGGGGACACCAAAAUGGAGAAUAUGUGUCAGAUAGCAUAG